AACAACCCCAAGCACUCUACCAGUAACUUGGCGGAAUUUAGACGUUAUUCCUGACCAAUUACCCGCGCAACACGCCCAUAGACGGACCACGAUAUCCAACGAUGGCAUACGUACCCCCCGAAGAUGAGGAGAUAUUAGUUGACGCUCGCUUGAUUUACAAAACCCCGUAUCGCCCUUAUUAUAUAUCAGCGGCUACUGAAAAUGAGCUAUUCCGCCCAUGCGUGCACAAUUGCGAGCAACUUGUAGCUAAGAUCACAAGUGUACCACAGUGGGUUAUAGAUAAUCCUCAAUCUUAUAAAAACAGGUGUCAGCAAUUUAUGGAACUCUAUAAUGAAAUGUCACCGACGGAUCUAACACUCAUGGACAUAAUGUCAUUAUCAGCGGAUAUAGAUGACUUGUUUUUUCAUGGUCUUCUCUACUCAUCCCACGGCCACUUGGUAGAUAUUAGGAUGGAAAGAUUUGACCUUGAUUACGACGAAAGAAAGCCGAAUCCGGACCUGGGACUCACCUCGGGAAUAACACUGGCAGACAUGGAAUAUCCACCAAAAUGUACCAUAGUACUGAGUGGCCCGUUCAACAGAGACUAUGAGAGGAUUAUGCGGCUCAGUAAGGUGUCUCAGCUAUCCACAUUGGUCCAUGAAAUGGUUCACGCAUACAUCAAUUGCUAUUUUAAUUGGAACCGUGAUGAGGAACACCUAGUUGGGGCUAAAGAGGGAGGGCAUGGACCAGUAUUUCACGAGAUUCUCGAAUGGGUUAACGCACUGUUGGCCAAAUUGGAUAAACGAUUUCAGAACUUGGAAGAGCAGCAUCCUCAAGUACUGAAAAAACCCAGACCGCCUCCACUUACUCGCAGCGCGAUCCAGAACGUUUCCGACGAGCUACUAAUUCUGGAAAAUCUUACUAACCAAAGACUCGAGCGUAUUGAAGAAGCCCUCGGAAUCAAGAAUUGAGUCAAGUCAAAUCGAGGAUAUGGUUGGACGAACGUGGAGACAGUGUAAUGAAUCAGAAAUGGUUGCGGAUAUUUAGAUACGUAUGAAAAUAGUGUAUGGAC